AUGUCGGUCACAACAGCCCUCAAGGGCAAUUCAGCACAGCAGGCCCGGUCAUUAUACCGGCAACUACUACGACAGGGAGAGCAGUUCUCCGCGUACAAUUUCAGAGAAUAUGCAAAACGGCGAACAAGAGAUGCCUUCCGAGAGAACAAAACCGUCGACGACCCCCGGCGAGUGCAGGAGUUAAUACAGAAGGGCUUGAAGGAGUUACAAGUGCUCAAGCGCCAGACAGUUAUCAGUCAGUUUUAUCAGCUGGAUCGCUUGGUCGUUGAGGGGGGAUUAUCGGGCAAGGAGACGGGUAACAAGGGGGAUAUUCUCAGGCAAAAGGAUACCGGAUUGGACUGA